CACCGCCACAUAUCUGCAUCUGCAAAAUACUGCGUGCUCUCUUCUUCUGGUUCUCCUCAUCACAUUCACCGUCGUCGUCAUCACAUAAGCUUUUAUCUAGGCUUGCGGCUACUUGCAUCGGAGCAAGUCAGUCACAUCUCACAGCUCAGUGAGAUCCAGAGCCAAAGGGCGGGGCGUCUCCCACUCCCAAUCCCAAGUCCAGCCGCCGCCGUCUCUUGCUCGCUCCAAAAGCCGUUUUCCAGAGAUCUUUUUCAGGGCCAGACGCCAGCCGCCGUCUCUCGCUUGCCUGCAUUUCCGAUCCUGAGGCAGUCCUCAUCUCAUUCUCAUCCAACCGGGAGGUUGGGAACGAGAUCACAGCUACAGUUACCUGAGUAGUAGGAUCCUCCUCAGAUCGGCUUCAAAAAUCAAAGUGGGGGGGACAACAAGGCAGGGGAUGAGUGCAGCUGCAACCAAGGUGAAGAGACGUGUGGGCAAGUACGAGCUCGGCCGAACCAUAGGCGAAGGCACAUUCGCCAAGGUCAGGUUCGCCAAGAACACCGAGACCGGGGAGCCGGUGGCCGUCAAGAUCCUCGACAAGGAGAAGGUCCUCAGGCACAAGAUGGCCGAGCAGGCCCAAUAUGGGCUUUGGCAUACUUGUUCAGAGUUCAGUCAGUAGAUUUGGUGGAACUAGUCAUUUCGCUGACGAUGACACAAACUACUACAUGGUUCGAUGCAGAUUAAGAGGGAGAUUUCGACCAUGAAGCUGAUUAAGCACCCUAACGUUGUUCGCAUAUAUGAGGUGAUGGGAAGUAAAACAAAGGUCUACAUUGUGCUGGAGUAUGUUACCGGCGGCGAACUUUUCGACACAAUUGCUAACCAAGGUCGAAUGAGGGAAGGCGAGGCGAGGAGUUACUUCCAACAAUUAAUCAACGCAGUUGAUUAUUGCCAUAGCAGGGGUGUGUACCACCGGGAUUUAAAACCAGAAAAUCUACUGCUUGACUCAUAUGGAAAUCUGAAUGUCUCUGACUUUGGGCUGAGCGCGCUGUCCCAGCAAAUCAAGGAUGAUGGAUUGCUGCACACAACUUGUGGGACUCCAAACUAUGUGGCACCAGAGGUCCUAGAAGAUCAGGGCUAUGAUGGUGCAAUGGCUGAUCUGUGGUCAUGUGGAGUUAUCCUGUUUGUUCUGCUAGCUGGGUAUUUACCUUUUGAGGACUCUAACCUUAUGACGCUGUAUAAGAAAAUCUCAAAUGCAGAAUACACAUUUCCACCAUGGACAUCUUUCCCUGCCAAGAGGUUGUUGACAAGAAUCCUUGAUCCAAAUCCGAUGACGAGAAUAACAAUCCCUGAAAUACUGGAGGAUGAGUGGUUCAAAAAGGGCUACAAGCGCCCGGAGUUUGACGAGAAAUAUGACACGCCAUUGGAUGAUGUGGAUGCUGUCUUCAAUGACUCAGAAGAGCACCACGUGACAGAGAAGAAAGAAGAAGAACCCGUAGCUCUCAAUGCAUUUGAACUGAUUUCAAGGUCAGCAGGCCUAAAUCUUGGGAACCUAUUUGACUCGGAGCAGGAAUUCAAAAGAGAAACGAGGUUCACGUCAAAAUGUCCACCGAAAGAAAUCAUUCGCAAGAUUGAGGAAGCUGCAAAACCUCUAGGAUUUGGUGUCCAGAAGAAAAACUACAAGUUGAGGCUAGAGAAAGUAAAAGCAGGGAGGAAGGGAAACCUGAAUGUUGCUACGGAGAUACUACAGGUUGCGCCCUCCCUUCAUAUGGUACAAGUCCGGAAAGCAAAAGGCGACACUCUGGAGUUCCAAAAGUUCUACAAGAACCUUUCCAAGACCUUAAAGGACGUUGUCUGGAAAUCUGAAGACCUGCAAAUGCGAGCUGCUUCUUAGCAUCCACUAGAUGGCGAGAUGUUCGUACGUGUCAGAUUCCAUUCCCGUAGCAUGAUGUGUCGUCAGCCGUUUCUGUUCACUGCACUCUGCAUGGUCCGGUGGGCGCGUGGCUUGGCAUUUUCAGAGACCGCGUUGCUCGUUGCAGCCCGGGAUGAAGGCGAUGCAGUAGGUUUUGUGGAUGUGGUGAGCUCUGUAUAUGCCUAUUGAUGAGUCAUGUUGCAAGCUGUAACGACACUAUGAUCCGUGAAGUGUAGAAGCAGCCAAGUAUGUUCUUUCUAUGCUGCCCCAUUUCCCGGCAGUUUCCAUGCAUUUUGAAGAAAAAAAUAGUGGCUAACUCAUUGAUAUUUGUAUUUGGUCAUCAUUAAUAAAUCGCCUCUCCAUCUGUGCA